CGUCAUGCCACCGUCUGGUCUUUUAGUGAGGUAGCAUCGCUAGCUCGCUCCUUCCCUUUUUAUCUUUUUUCUUCGUUCUGUCUUAAUUCCUGGUGUUUUAUUUUCAUAAUUGUUGCUCCGGUGAUACCCCUCGGCGUUUAUGUUCUUACUUGACGACAUCUCUAAUUUCCCAUUUACUUCUCGAUCUAUGGUCUUUUCGGUUUUUUAAUGCGGAUUUGAGACUUCGAUGUGCUUGUUCCUUGGAAUAACAUCAUAAUCCUGAUUUACUAGAAAAAUGGCAACCGACGACGGAGAUCCGCUCGACUGGACGCUCGAUGAGGUAGUCGAAUUCCUCUGCCAUAACCCCCAGACGCCAUGGUCCAACUCAGUCGUGAGGAUUCACCCGGACCCCAUCGCAUUCGAAGCCGCGCUGCGAGACAAUUUCAUCACGGGAGAAGUCCUCUUGCAUGACAUUGAUCUGAAAGUCUUACAUGAGGACUUGGGAAUGAAAGCUUUUGGACACAGAUCGUCGGUUAUCAGGGCAAUACAAUAUCUUCGGAAAAGAUCUUUCAAGUAUCAGAGUACCCAGGAGAAAUCAAAGCUUCGGUCUGAAGAUAGCCGCGAUGUCUCCCCGGCCGCCUCUUACUUGGAUCAAAUGUCUAUUUCUUAUGUUGGGACUCCUCAACGCGAGUUUCCUCCAAACCCCCGCAUGAUGACACCUCCAGUUUCUGGACUCGGUGCUUUGAGAGGAAAACAAGCGGAGCAUCCCCUUCCUUCACGCAGAGAAAGCUUUGGGAAUAGAAAACGCAAUGAACUUGCAACUGACGGUGACAGUGAGGGUCGCGCUCAAGAGUCUGCCGUCGUCGAUGGCGAAGGCCGUAAGCGACGGAGGAUACAACCCUUGCUGCAAGGCCAGGAAAUCACCCGGAAGAAUGAUAGCUCCAAGUUUGAAGAUGGACGGGAGGACAAAGAGUGGUAUAUGGGCCCACACAAGGUCCAAUCUUCUCAGCUGUUUUAUCCGUUCAGCUCUGAGGAUAAUGAUCAAACCUUUGUCAUGCUUGGCCCAAAGUUCCCUACAGCUCAGCGUCUUUUCGUGAGCAAGUCCCUUAACUAUUUUCACAAGCAGCAUCCCAUUAAAUUACCUUGUGAAAAAGGAAAGGAACAAUGGGCCGUCAUACCCUAUAGAGCGCGGGACGAAGAGACGCGGAGAUAUUUCACGUUGUAUACUUCAAGAAAUGGCAAAGUCACUGUUAGCCAGGAGAACGCGGACAAAUGGUCGUUGCUUCGUAAAUCACAGGAUCCAGCAGAGGACCUGAGCCCAUCUGAUCCGUUUGCUUAUCUCCUUCAGAAGUACCCCGUUGAAAAAGAUGUUCCAGACGAGGCUUGCCCGGUAUACGGUGAGUCUGGCUCUGAAGGCGAGUACGAUGAGGACACAUGGCAAGAGAUAGAUGAUGAGCAACGAGAUACUGAGCGCGGGAAACCAACCAAAUUAUCUCCUUCAGAAGUUGAAACUGCUAUCAAGGAGUGUGUCGCAGAAUAUGAAAACAAAUGGCACGAAAUCAAGAAGCCGAAGGAAGAACAGGGAGCACACAGCCUAUGGGUAAGAGCAAGACGCUCAAGGAGUGCUAACCAGCAAAUCAAAUUCCUCACAAAAGAAAUUGAACUCCAGGAACGACGCCUCAAAAAGGUGCAAGAAACCAUUCGUGGAAAUGAGUACUAUGCAAUGUCGGAGCUCAAACUUCUUUGUCAGAGCAUGGAGCACUCGGUGUUCAAUAUCACCAAGCAGAGAUGGCGCAUAUCGGUGUUGGAGCAAGAUAAAUGUCCUCCAAAGGUCGAGUCUGCCCAGGAGCAGCGACCAAAACCCAAACCCAAACCCCGGGUUGAUGACGAGGAAUCCUUAAGUUCUGAGGAUUCCGACGUCGAUCAUGACGAGCCUCUGGAUGACUUCAUGGACGACUCUGAAAUGCAAGAUGUCCAAGGCGAGGAUUUUGAUCGCACCGACACCGAUAUGCAAGAUCUCGAAGACGAAAGGCCUGGUCGCAGUCCCUUCAGGACUCAAUCGCCUGUCAGGCUGUCGUCGAACAGCAGUGAUGACGAUAUCAUAAGUCUUUCUGGGAAGAAAUGGAAAUCAAAGGCCCGGAAACGCAACCCCUUGAGCAUCCGUUCUUCUUCGUCGCCAGAUGUUCCUGUCAGAGAACAAAGGCCAGAGCCAAAAACAGAUCUCAUUGAUCUCACAAUGGACACCCCUUCCCCUCCUGCCAAUGAUUUAACCAUCGAGACUCCUCCUUUGAAUCCCGUGGUGCCUAACAAGUCGCAACCUAGCUCAGCCAAUGUAGCUCUCAAGUCAGAAAGGAGUUCAAUAUCCCCCGGCCCGACGCUUUCUCAACGAAUAUCCGUUGAGAUACCGACAUUCAAACAUCCGCCCACGAAGGCUGCAAAUAAUGAGUUACCUGAUGUCAACGAUUUUGCAGCACUGGCCAAAUUAAGCUGGACGAGAAUCGAAGAGCGCUCGGAUCGAGGAAGACUCUUGGCCAAGUUGAUCGGAGGCUUACCUGACGAAGAACGGGCGACCAUGGCUGAUUAUAUUCCGACUUACGGGGUGAAGCGUCUUAAGCAUCAUAUCCGCGACGCUUUGAAUGUAUUGACCAAAAGUGAGAAGGAAAUACCUGGUUUCUCACUGUUCAAGAAUCAGCUUGUCAUGCGGACGGCAUCCCUUUACAUCUCUUAUGUCAAUUGCGUUCAUCUUUCCCAGGAAGGGAUCUCAAGACAUCAAAUUGUUGAAGCGCAAACGAGCUUGAGCGGGUUCACUUCUUUCUUCGAGGUUCUUUGCAAGCAUCUAGCGGCAUAUUACGACUGGAAGCAAAACGAGGAGACCCCGAAAAACAACUCGCCGCAUAAGAAGCGCAAGAAGGAGGUCAAGGAAAGCCAACACACCAAACUGAACCAAGAGAGUGCGCAAGAGCGUGUUCAGAACCAAGAGAACCAGAGAGAGAAACUCCAGAAGACUUGGGAAAACAUGGGUAUCAGCAACGACGAUCCCAGACAUCAAGUUGUCAGCUUCGGAGAUCCGGCCAUCUACCUACCUUCGCAUAUCGGUACCCGUGUCAAGCCCCACCAACUGAGAGGUGUGCAGUUCAUGUGGCGAGAAUUGAUCGAAGACAAGAAUCAACAAGGAUGUCUGCUUGCCCAUACCAUGGGUCUGGGCAAGACUAUGCAAGUAAUCUCGCUCCUUUCGACAAUUGCCGCCGCAACAGCUUCAGAUGACGUACGCAUCCGCAAGCAAGUCCCUGAACAUCUUCAUCGGUCCCAAACACUAAUCCUCUGUCCCUCGUCAUUAAUUGACAACUGGUUUGAAGAGUUCCUGAUGUGGAUGCCGAUGAACCCCAAUCUUUUGGGGCCUCUGAGAAAGAUAACGGCUACGCUAAAGCUCGGGAAACGGUUAGAAAAAGUUGAGGAUUGGAAUAGUGAAGGCGGGAUUUUAAUGAUAUCGUAUGACAUAUUCCGAACCUGGAUUUUAAACAAGGAAACGAAGGCAAGAGGCAGGCCAUUCCAAGACCAAGAAAGUGAUCAAGAUGUUGUGCAAGGACAAGCCAAGGGCUGGAAGUGUUUGUCGGAUGAGCAACAUAAACGGGUCAAGAAAUGGCUACUUGACGGGCCUAGUAUCAUUGUAGCCGAUGAGGCGCACAAGAUGAAGAAUGCCAACACUGGGAUUGCCCAAGCGGCAGUCCAAUUCCGCUCUAAGAGCCGAAUUGCAUUGACUGGGUCUCCUCUUGCGAACAACUUGACCGAUUACUACACAAUGGUCAGCUGGAUUGCAGAAGGUUAUCUUGGGGAGUAUAAGGAAUUCAACGCCAAUUACGUAGAACCCAUUGAAGAAGGACUUUACGCCGACAGCACAUAUUCCGAGAGAAGGAAGUCGCUUGUGAAGCUCCAGGUUCUUAAAGAAAUUCUUGAACCCAAGGUCAACCGUGCUGAUAUCUCUGCGCUCGCCGGAGACCUCCCGCCAAAGGUGGAGUUCGUCAUUACAAUUCCCCUGACCAAGCUCCAGAAGGAGGCAUACAACUUAUAUGUGAAUGCGGUAUAUGGCGAGGUUGGAGACGUAGGCAAUCCGAAGCUGUGGUCUUGGCUGGCGAUUCUGGGCCUCUGCUGCAACCACCCCAAAUGCUUCUGGGAUAAGCUUAACAAUCCUACCAACGAGGCGCCAAAACAAGGACAGGAUGCUUUGCCUGGGGAGGAGUCAAUCGACCAAGCGGGUCUACCGGAUUCAGCCAGCUUGGUCUCCCGACAAAAGCCUCUUUUUACCGCCGUUCCUGAUCUUAAGGAUCUGGACCUCUCAUACCGGACGCUGAUGUUGAACAAGAUCAUUGCAGAGUCUGUGAAGACUGGAGAUAAGGUUCUAAUCUUUUCUCAUAGCCUUCCGACACUGGAUUACAUCGAAGAUGUUCUUAAGCGCUCAAAUCGGAAAUACUGUCGCUUGGAUGGACGGACGUCGAUGGGCAAUCGGCAAACUGCUACCAAAGCAUUCAACAAACCGGGAGCUGAGCAAAUAUACAUUAUAUCUACUCGUGCUGGUGGCUUGGGUCUGAACAUCCCUGGCGCCAAUCGCGUGAUCAUUUUCGACUUCCAGUUCAACCCAGUCUGGGAAGAACAGGCGGUGGGACGUGUUUACCGUUUAGGUCAACAAAAGCCUGUGUUUGUCUACAGGUUCAUUUCCGGUGGCACCUUCGAAGAGAAAAUCUUCGGGAAAGCAAUCUUCAAGAGCCACCUGGCUAAUCGCGUGGUCGACAAGAAGAACCCGGUCCGCUGGGCAAACAAAUCCGUAGGGGAAUAUCUUAAACCAGCGGGUUCCGUUCCUCAGAAGGAUCUCAUCGAAUUCAUGGGCAAGGACCCCCUUGUCCUCGACAAGAUUAUCGAGAGCGACAACGGGCCUGAGAGGAUCAUUCGAAAGAUCACUCUUACGGAAACCUUACAAAGAGAAGACAACGACAAUCUCACCGAGGAAGAGAAGCAAGGUGUUCAGAUGCAUCUGAGCGAUGAACGUCUUCGACGCACAGAUCCCCGUGCAUAUCAAGCCUUGAUGGUCCAAAGAGAAUCAGAACGGCAGGCAGAACAAGCAGCGCUAUUGGCGGCCAGAGCUCAGGUUCAACCGAACCAACCGAACCAAUAUUACUUGGAUCAGAAGGGGACCGCACACUCGAGCCUUCCGCAUCAUCCUCAUCCGCCGCCGCUAUCGCACAAUGUUGGCCCGCGUCCUCUGCCGCCGGACACGAGCAUCUCUCGACCAGCCCCGAACCCUCCUGCAAAUAACAGCAGUCGUCCUUUCCCUACACCGUCAUCGCAUGCGCAUUCCCCAACUUCUGGCAAUACUACAACUUCAACUACAGGGUCUACUCCGCAACAACGCCCACCGCCGCCAUCGAAACCCUCUGUCAAUACUCCCUCGGUAACUGCACCCGCUCCUCCUCAACACCCGCCGCCAUCGAACACUGACACGUCUCAAGGUCUGGAUCCAGCAUCGGCUGCAUCAAAUCAAUCUGGAAAGAACGAUGAUGCAGCGAGCACCGGCAGUCGUGCAAUGUCAAUUGACGGCGCCGACUCCGGGGAUGAGCAGAUUUUCGAAAGCCCACCGGAAGGGCCUGCGGUUGAUAACAAUGCAAGACCGACCAAAGCAAAGAAGACCAAUUGCAACACCCAAUGAACUCUUUUCUUUCAUUCUUACGGGCGAGAUCCUAUUUUCUUCUCUUUUCUUCUUUUCUUGUGUGAAUAGGUCUAUACUUUUUGUCCAAAUACUUACCCCUUUUUCUUUUCACGCUGCAAAUACCACUCUGCAGAUAUGUUUGUUUCGCGAAUAUCCUGUUUUAUGGGUAUUCAUAUAGCGUUUGAAUGGUAUCCAACAGCGAUCAUCUCAAUCCGUACAGGACAGUAUCCUAAUAGCAAAAAGAAAGAAAAGAAUUGAGGGAAAACAAAAAAAAAAUCUCCCCGACUGGGAAUCGAACCCAGGUCUCCCGCGCUUGCAGUUGUUAAGCUGACAAGCGGAAAUCAUGACCACUAGACCAUCGAGGACUUGUUGACUUAUGUUAGUCCUAGUAGGUAUCAGGAACUUACAG